UGCGCUGCGUUUUAAAAGGAAUCAUCAAUAAGCAAUGGCGCUGCUGAGUCAUGCGUGGCAUCUCUGUAUUGGGCUGCUCUUGGUUCAUCUGACAUUAGCAUUACCUGCAGGUUUCGACGCGGAGACGUUGCCAUAUAUUGUUUCUGGUUACAGGAGUCUGACACUAGGCGCCAUCUGUGCUUCCACCAGCCAAUGUCCCCCUGGAUCAUGCUGCUUGAGAAGGGGCCCAGGCGGCCCUUUCUGCCACCCUGGUGCAGUGCUGGGCCGUGGAUGCAGCCACCUUCGCUACCGUAACAUAUAUAGUGGUUUCUGUCCCUGCGUACGCGGAGCAACUUGCCACCAAUGGAGACGCAUCUGCGAAUGACUGAGAAAGUUAACUCCUACCGUAACCGCGAUAUCUUUGGUAUAGGGAGGUAAUAAAAUAUUCUCAUUUACGUCA